AUGUCAUGUUCAAAAAUAUUUUCAGGAGAUUUACCUGAAUUAACUUAUGAUAUUAUAAAAUAUUUACAGAAUGAUUAUUCAACUUUAUAUUCAUGCAUUUUAGUAAACAGAUUAUGGUGUCGUUUAGCGAUUCCAUUAUUAUGGGAUAAUCCAUUUUCAAUUUGUACCGGAAACUAUAAUUUUAUUGAAAUGUAUUUACAUAAUAAUUUAAAUAAUGAAUUUAUAACGAAAUUAAAUGAAUAUAAAAUUAUUAAUAAUUCAUUAUUUACGAAUACACUGUUCAAUUAUCUUAGUUUUUUAAAAUAUUUGAAUACACAUAAGUUUAUCACUUCUGUUGAUAAGUGGUUUGAAUCUGUCAUUAGGAAUAGAAAAUUCGAAAUUAGAGAUCUUUUUAAAGAUUUUGAUUUGGUAUCUAAGUUAAUAUUUAAAAUUUUUAUUGAAAAUGAAAUAAAAUUACAUACUCUUGAAAUUUGGAUCCCAAGUACUUAUUAUAUAACAUAUUUUAAUGAAAUUCUUGAGUUAAUUUUACAAAAUCAAAAUUUUAUUCACAAUAUUGAAAAUUUGAAGCUUUAUAUCAACUUUUAUGAUGAAAAUAUGGUAAUUAAUAAUCAUAUAUUAAAAGUAAUUCAUUUACAUCAAAAUCUUAAGAAAAUUUUAAUAGGUAGUGGUUAUGAAUCUUUAUGUCAAUCAUUAUUAUUAUCAAAAGAUUAUAAUUGUUCAAAUACCUUGAAUACAAUUACUUUCUAUUACGUCGAUUUUAGAGUAAUAAUCAAUCUUGAUAAAAUACUUGAACAAUUAAAUGUUUUAGAAUCUAUUCAUAUUAUUAAUUGUUCUUUCUUGAAUGAUAAUAGUUUUACUCAACAAAUUAUUAAUUUAUCUAAACCAUUUAAAUUGAAAUCUUUAAUUUUAAAUGAGGUACUACAAUUUAAAUCAUUUCAAAAAUUAUUACUAAAAUCUGGUGAUUAUUUGGAAAAUUUCGGUUUGGAACUUAAUUAUGGUCUAUCAUCAAGACAAGCGUUGUUAGGAUUAAUUAUAAAACAUUAUAAUAAUUUAACAAUUGGUAGUUCAAUCAUAUUAAAAAAUCUAGGUCAAGCUCUCCCUUCUAAAUUAGAAUACCUAAGUUUGAUACUUACUGUUAAAGAAAGUGAUUUUAAGGCAUUCUUAGAAAAUUCUCAAGAUGUUUUUAUUAAUAAAUUAUUAAUAAAACUACAAAGAGGUAGUGAUAAUAUUUCACAUUAUAUAAAAGAAUAUAUUAUGAAGAGAGAAAGAGUUAAAUAUUUGGCUAUUGAGAGUAUUAAAGAUAAUAAUCAAUUGUCUGAUUUGAGAGAUGAAGUGAUGGAAUUCAAUAUUAGAGUUCGAAGUUAUUAUGAUUUAUUUAUUAGCGCUAAUAAAUUUAUUAAGAAUAUUGAUUAG